GGUAACAGGUUAGGUUAAUUUUAUAAUAUCGACUUUUUAUCAAACAAUUGGAUAUACGGUGGAGAAUGAUGCACAUUGGACUACUUGUUGACUAUAUACUUUUAGGCCACGAAUUGGAAAUACACACGUUGCAAAUGCCGAAACCUCUCUCUCUCUCACCCUUUAAAUAUUUAUCUCAUUCUUUGCUUCUUAGUUACAUUUACAUUUUCUCACCAACACAAAUCCCAUAAAAGAGAGAGGCACAGAAGCAAUGAACCGACAGAGUUUGAAGAGAUUUCAGUUCCGGAGAUGGGGAAAACGAAUCGGAAACUCAACGACUACGGCCUCAGCUAAGCUAGGAAACUCAGAGGAAAGAACGAUUGUGGCGUUUGCGUUCUCAUCAUCAUGUUUUGGGAAACCUCCUCGCGUUCUCGUGAAGCAAUUUCUUUGGAGGUUGAAGUCGCGUUUGAGACUGUCCAGGAAGAGUGAUACUCACAAUAUUCAGUGUAGCUAUGAUCUCCGGAGCUAUCAUCUGAAUUUCGACGACGGUUGGUCUCGUCGGCGAUAAUUUCAAACUUUCGUAUUAUUAUAUUAUCUAUUUUUGGAGCCAUAUAUUGUCUUGUUUUGUAUAUAGUUAAAAGUCUCAAUCUGAAAGAGAAAAAAAAAACACUUUUGUUCAGAUGCUUUGUAUAUUUUGUCGUAUAAAGGGAAAAACAUAUCUUAGAAAGA